AUGUUGUUCAUCUUCGCAGUGCUGUCUUCCGUCGUAGCAUUGGUCGCUGCACAAGGCGCGAGUAGCCCGCUACCGAAGGAUGCUAAGGAUGCACUCAAAUUCAUCAACGAAGCCAAUGAUGAAACUAUGAUCGAUCAACUUGGAAAAGCACCAACCUUCGGAUGCGACGGCGUUCUCAACGCACAGUUAAAGAAGUACGAUUGCUUGACUUUCGUUUGCCUUUAUAGGAAGCAGUGA